UCCCCCGCGCGCAGCGCUCUCCAUUCAUAAAUUCUCCGCCUGAUCCGCGGCCACCGGGCGCGGGAGCCAGCCGGGAGCGCCGCGCAGCCGCCCGGCCGUCGCUCAUGGGCCGCGCGCCCCGGCGCUGAGGCCCCUCCUUCUAGCCUCACAAUGCAGCCCGCCGCCACCGUCGCCACGGCUGCCGCCAGCGCCGCCACCAUCGCCCUGACCGCAACGUGGGACAACUCUACCGGCCGCCCCACAGCGGAGCCCGACCGCAUCCUGGACAGCCACGUGCUGCGGCUGGUGGUCAUGUCGCUCCUCGUGGGGGGCACUCUCGUGGUGCUUUCAGGGGUGCUGCUCCUGUGUAAGCGCUGCUGGGAGGUCCACCGGCGCCUCAACAGAGCCACGGAGGAGGCAGAGAAGGCUGCCGCCACCUACCUGGACAGUGGCACGCACCCUGCGCAAGACCCCGACUUCAGGGGGGAGGACCCCGAGGGCCAGGAUGCCGAGACGGAGGGCUUCCUGUCCACCAGCUCCAUGGGCCGUCGUGUGUCCUUCAACGAGGCAGCCCUGUUCGAGCAGAGCCGGAAAGCGCAGGACAAGGGCCGCCGGUACACCCUGACUGAGGGGGACUUCCACCACCUGAAGAAUGCCCGCCUCACCCAUCUGCACCUGCCACCCCUCAAGAUCGUCACCAUCCACGAGUGUGACUCUGGGGAGGCCAGUGCAGUCACCACGCCACAUGCCGCGGCCACCCCCAAGGCCAGCCUCGCUAUAUUCCAGCCCCCGGGGAAGGCCCUCACCGGCCGCUCCGUGGGCCCCAGCUCCGCCCUGCCAGGUGACCCCUACAACUCGGCCGCAGGCCCUGCUGACUUCGAGAUCGGCCCCUCGGCACCCAGCGCCUCUGGAGAAGGAACCUCGCUGGAUGCGGGGGCCAGGAGCCCAAAGCCUGGAGGGCCAGCAGCUGCCGCAGGGCCCGGGGAGCCAGGCCCAGGCUCCGGGGCAGGCCCUGUCCUGCAGUUCUUCACCCGUCUGCGGCGCCACGCCAGCCUGGACGGGGCCAGCCCCUACUUCAAGGUCAAGAAGUGGAAAAUGGAGCCCAACCAGCGAGCAUCCAGUCUGGACACACGAGGCUCUCCCAAGCGGCACCACUUCCAGCGCCAGCGGGCUGCCAGCGAGAGCACGGAGCAGGAGGAGGCGGGUGCCCCCGACGCGGGCCUCAUCCAGUGCAUUGCCAGCGCGGGUGGCUCCGUGGCCUUCCCGCCCCCCAGCCCCUUUCUGACCAGCCCCACCGGCCCGUCCCCCGCUCUCGGCAGGUAUUUUUCAGUAGAUAGAGGUGCUGGAGGCGGGCCUGCGGGUCCCUACCCCACCCAACCCCCUAGGUGCCCCAGGGAGCACUCUCCCUGCCCCGAGGACGCCAGGCGUGUCCCCGCCGGUGUCACCGUCCCCCCUGGAGGCUGCCUGGCAGGGGCCACCUCUCCAGCAUGGACCGGAGGCGGGAAGCUGGGGGAGACUGGGUAAAGUACA